UAUGCGUCAUGUUUAUAGAGUAGAAGGCUGUGAAUGUGUAUAUCAAGCCAUCUAUAGACAAGAGAAAAGCGAUAAUGCUUAUUAUUUCGGAGAAAAAGUUAAUAUUUUUCAAGAUGAUGUCCAAUUAACUCCAGAAUACGAAUAUAUACGAGUAUCCUGUCAAUCGUUACCCGAAAGGGACCAAUUGUAUUUCAAUUUCCAUGCUCUAAUUCAUGUAAAUAACACUCUGGAACAAAUGUUAGAUAGCAAAUAUAGAGAUUAUACAGGAGAAUCUGUUAACAUCAUAAUGAUUGGUAUCGAUUCUGUAUCUCGUUCAAACAUGAUACGUCAAAUGCCCUUAACGAGAAAAGUAUUGAAAUCAGAAAUAGGAGCGGUCGAACUACUAGGUUAUAAUAAAGUUGGAGAGAAUACCCUGGUUAAUCUUGUUCCAAUGCUACAUGGUAAAUUUGUUGAAGAACUUGGAGAUGUACAAUUCGACAAUGUUCCCUUCAUCUGGAGGAUGUUUAACGAUUUCGGUUAUAGAACAUCAUUUGCCGAGGAUCAUCCUAAAAUUUCCAUUUUCAAUUUUAGGCGUGAAGGAUUUGAUGAUCCUCCAGCCAAUUAUUAUUUAAGACCUUUAGCACUCGCAAUGGAAGAUCAAGAGUCAAUUUGGACUAAACGACAUUGUGUUGGCUCUCUGUUAGAAACUGAACGCGUUUUAGAUUAUCAAUACCGCUUUUUAAGAACUUUCCGCCAAAAGCCAUUCUUCUCUUUCUCUUUCAUAACUAGAAUGACGCAUGAUGAUGUAAAUUUGGCUGGUAAUGUCGAUAAAUCUUACGCGACAUUUUUGAGUAAAUUAAAGAGAGAAGGCUUUUUGGAAAAUGCUGUUCUCUUCUUCUUUAGUGAUCAUGGAAUUAGAUUUGGUGAAAUACGACGAACAACCGUUGGAAGAAUGGAAGAAAGAAUGCCGUUUAUGUUUAUUUCUCAUAUGAAUAAAUUACUGAGGAGACGACUAGAAAUUAAUGCUUUACGCCUUUCAACUCCAUUUGACAUUUAUGAAACAUUAAAAGAAACUUUUAAUGACUCUUGGAAAAGUGGUAGAGGUCAUAGCCUCUUUCAUACGAUUAUUCCGGAAAAUAGAACAUGUGUGUCAGCAUUAGUCAGCGCUCAAUUUUGUUUAUGUGGUUAUCGUUUACCGCUAAAUGAAUUAGACGCAAAAGUGUACGAGGCGUCAAAUGCAAUCUUAAAGACUGUUAAUACAUUUAUUGAAUUAAACACGGACGGAAGAUGUGCACUGUUUAAACUCGAUCGAAUUUUAUACGCAGGAAGUGACGACGAUCACCACCUUUACGUUGCGAUAGACGCGAGGCCAAGAGACGCCGAAACUGUAAAGCCAAACGCAAAAGCCUCAUUUGAAGCUUCCUACAAUAAACUUACGAAAAGAAUUGUCGGUAAAGUUGAAAGAAUUAAUUCAUAUGUUUUACAUACGCUGUGCGUAAAUGACAUUACAGUUAAAGAUUAUUGUCUUUGCUGGGAUUCUGUGUUUUAA